AUGUCGACAGUUUUUUUAAAUAUCUUGUCUCGCCAUUAUACCUCACUUUUAGAAUCUGGUGACCAUUUUGAUAUGAUCAUUCAUGCUGGCCAAGAACUUGAUACCAGAGAAUUUAAGGUACAUUCUCUCGUGUUACGUGCUCGAUCAACGUAUUUCCGAGCGGCUUUAUCAAGUAAUUGGGCUAAAUCUGAUGGCAAUAUACUGAUCUUUAACAAACCAAACGUAUCUCCAAGUGUAUUUGAAAUAAUAUUAAAGUAUAUAUAUGGUGCUUCGAUCGAUCUACCAGAAAAGGAUGUAGAAUUUAAUAUUGACGUUCUCACGGCUGCUGAAGAACUAUGUUUGACCGAGUUAUUUGACUAUAUUGAAGAUCAUAUUCUUAAUAAUCCAGAAGACUUGCUGAAUCAUUUUGCAUUAGUAUAUCAUUUUGCUACACAACAUGGCCAAUUUAAAAAGUUACUAGCAUUUUGUAUUAAUACCAUGGAACAAGAUCCGUCUAUAGUUUUUGAAGCUGAAGAUUUCAUUAACAUAGAUCAAAGCACUCUAAUAUCAAUUCUUAAAAAGAAAUUUCUUAUCAUGCGAGAAAUAGAGUUGUGGGAAAAGUUGGUUGAAUGGUCAAUAGCCCAAAACAUAUCACUUACAAAGGAUAUUGAUUUAUGGACUUUCGAUGAUUUCAACGCUUUCGGAAAUAUUGUUUCACCUUUUAUUCCACAUAUCAAUUUUGCUCUAAUUAGUCCUAGCGAAUUCGACAAGAAAGUUCGUCCUUUUAAACAAUCAUUUAGUAAUGAUUCUUUUGCACAACUUUGGGAACAUCAUCUAUCUCAACUAAACACAGCAACUGCCACUUUAUUUCAAACUUGUAGUCAGGGUAUUAAUUCAAAGUUGAUUACAAUCAAACAGGCUGCUUUAAUUUGUGGCUGGAUAGUUAAUGAUAGUAACAUUCAACCUCACACUAUUCCUUUUGAAUUUAAUUUACUUGUCCGUGGAAGUCGUGAUGGAUUCGGCCCAAAAAUUUUUCAUGAGAAGUGCGAUUUGAAGGGCCCAAGUGUUACAAUCUUAAAAGUUCAUCACUCUGGUGAGCUUCUUGGAGGUUUUAAUCCUUUAAAUUGGGAAGCCCAUGCAGAUGGGGUUUUUAACAAGACAAGGAAGAGCUUUAUUUUUUCACUUGGAAACGAACAAUUUAACAACAUAAUAUAUAGUAAAGUGAGGGAAACGAGGCAAGCCAUUUUUCAAUGCGUAGAUUAUGGUCCGUGCUUUGGUUCAGAUUUAGCUUUAAUAGGCAAUGGGGAUGAACAUUGGGAAGCCCGAUGCUUGCGAGGAAAUUACGAAAAUCACAUAAGCCCGG